GAUGAGAAUGAUGAUGAAAGUCAUAAUGACUGGACAGUUCCUGUAUCGGAGCACGCGAAAAAUACAGUUAAUCCAAUUCGACAAAUAUGUGAUUCUUUAGUGGUAACGAAGCCAAAAAAGUUGCUCCUUCGGUUGGAUCUUGGAGAUCCCACUAUUUCCGGAGCACUACCUGCAAAUCCAGUCGCAAUUGAAGCAAUAACGGAGGCAUUAAACAGUCGAAAAUACGAAGGUUAUGGACCUGCAGUUGGUAUUUGGGAAGCCCGGGAGGCAAUUGCAAGUCAUUUCACGCAUCCCGAUGCACCAGUGCGAGCUGAUUCGGUAUUGUUAACCAGCGGCUGCUCGCAUGCCUUAAAAAUGGCUAUCGAAGCACUGGCAAAUCCUGGUGAUAAUAUCCUUGUGCCUGCGCCCGGCUUCUCUCUUUACUCAACACUGAUCAGGCCUCUCAAUAUCGAAGAGCGGCAUUAUCGCAUCGAUUUAUCAAACGGUGCACAACUGGACAUAGCUCAAUUGAAAUCGCUAGUGGACGAGCGAACGCGCGCAAUUAUCAUCAAUAACCCACCAAAUCCGACCAGCGUUGUGAUAAGUAAGGAGCAACUGGAGUCAGUGCUACGGAUUGCUUAUGAAGCAAGGAUUCCAAUCAUCGCUGACGAAGUGUACGGAACAAUGGCCUACAAUGGAGCACAAUUUUAUCCACUGGCUACCUUGAAGCCUAAAGUUCCUGUGCUUACCUGCGAUGGUAUCGCAAAGAGAUAUCUGCUGCCCGGUUGGCGACUUGGCUGGAUAAUCGUUCACAAUCGAUACGGCGCACUGACCGAAAUCCGGGAAGGCCUGGUGGCAUUAGCUCAGAAAAUCGUCGGGCCCUGCGCACUUAUCCAGGGUGCGUUGCCACGCAUUCUGCAGUGCACGGGAAUGAGCUUCUUCGAAGCAGUGAAUAAAAUUAUCAGCUGUAACGCGAAGAUCGCAUUUGAUAGUCUAAGCAGAGUGCCCGGUCUGCGCCCACUGAUGCCGAAUGGUGCGAUGUUUAUGAUUAUUGCCAUUGACAAGCAGAUCUACGGCACCGAAGAAGCAUUUGUUCAAGAUUUACUCGCUGAGGAGAGUGUGUUUUGCCUGCCGGGACGAGCGUUCUACUGUUCCGGCUGGUUUCGUCUUGUACUUGCUCACAGCCAUCGGGAUAUACGUGAAGCUUGCUCUCGGAUUGUUGAGUUCUGCUCACGACGACGAUCAGCUACCUGCCAGUGA